AUGAAUAGUGGAGCUCCACCGGCUGGCAGUCCGCCGCGGCCACCACAGCAGAGGCCAGUGCCGCGGCCGGCUCUUCACGGACCAGCGCUGCCAGGAUUGCAACAGCCACAGCCAGUACAGAAACCACAGCCACCACACCAGCAGCAGAUUGGUCAACGUCCACCAGUAACGCAGCAUACACCGCCAAGACCUUUCCGGCCACCACAGCACCUGCCUCAGCAGCCCAGCCAGCAAACCAGGCCACGGCCAUUGCCACCACAGACCAGCUCACGGCCAGCAAAGCCUUUGGGACUGCCAAUGCAUAGUCCAAUUCGACCGCCAGCAGCACGGACAAUACAGAGCCCGCCUCAGCAACAGAAUGUAGCGCGUGGUGGGCGGCCGCCAACACAGAGACCUGUGCAGAGUUCCUCGCCACGGCCGAUUCAGGCACACGCACUGCGACCAGCCUCACCGGCGACCCAACGUGUAGCACAGCCACCACAGAAGCAGGGGUCGUGGCCAGCUGAGUCCUCACCGCAGCAGCCAAUCCAGAGAUCGGAUGCUCAGUCGCCGCCGCGGCCAUCACCGAAUCACUCGCAAAGGCCGGUACUGAGUCCCAGCCAGCGACCGAUCUCACGGCCAAGGAGUCAGCCAACAACACAGCGGCCAGCGAAUCCAACCCUGAGGCCCCAGAAUGAUCCGACCAAAGUCAUAAUGAAGCAGGAACUUAACCCACCAGUAUAUCGGCCGGUCCCGCGAUCCCCUGCCCAAGCACCGGUUCAACCGCCACCGAAGCCAACCCAGCGGCAUUCGCCGUUGUCACCACAGAGGAUAUCACAACAACAGGCCCCGAAGCCAGUACGACCACUGUCGCCGCCACCAAAGACACCGGGACAGGUUUCUGCGCGGCCAACACAACAGCAGCCUUUGAGGCCAGUACAGACAUCGGCUCUGAAUCCUCUGUCCCCAAACUCUCGAGACCAGGCUCCCAUUAAGCUGACAGCGCCAAAAGAGGCAGCUACAGCACCAAAGCCUGAUAACGAGCCGCUUCGACAGCCGGUAGCAAAAGCCGCCGAGCAAGCAAAUAGCAAGUCUCAGCCUCCUCCAAGACAGCUGGGCGGCAAGCAGAAAUCGGGAUCGGAGCAGCAGCCAGUAGUGAUCACGGCCAAGCAAACGAGUGGCCAGCCUGGGCAUCCUGCACCAACACCGAAAAGUCGGCCAGAGCCAACCGAGAAAAAGCAGCCGAUAAUAAGGGUAGCUGGCCAGAUUAGUCAGCAUUCGCAACAGCCUGAGUCUCGACCAGGACCACCGUCGAAGAAGCGUCCUGCGGAGCCUGCACCAGAGCCAUCUCGUGCCAAGCGAGUGUGUCCUACCGACUGGGACGAUAAGGCAAGGACACGAGUGGAGUGCAUUCUGCGCGAGCAGCUGGAUUUGGAGCUCUACUUGAAGCAGAAGGAGAUCAACACCAUCACCGAGCGUCUGCAGCAGAGCGAGGCCAUGCUAAGCGUCAUCGAGAGCGCAAUCCGAUCACAACAGUUCGAGGAGCAGCAGGGCCAGAUCGCAUCGACAAAUACGGCCGAUGGAUACUACAGCUACUUCCAUGAGAUGAUGGAGUCGUCGGGUAAUCGCGGCCAGUACCCCGUGCGGAAUGCAUUGCCGCCAAGCAGCGGCUAUUCGUACCGGCAACGGCCGCGGCGAGCCGCAGCACAGGCAGCACAGUACAUGAUGGAUCCGAGCGGCACCUUGUAUGCACGGCGAAACGACGGGCAGACUGUGCGCAUGGUCUGUCUGGACUGCCGACGUGACGAGUUUGCCAGCAUGCAGAGCUUCCUGAACCAUUCAAGGCUGCAGCACGGACUGGAAUUUCCUAACUCUGAAGAGGCGAUUUCUGUGUGUGGCGUUGUGGACGACUUGGGCUCUGACGAGGACAGUGACGAGCAUCCCAAGGUGAGCCGAGCCACUGGGUCCCAGGCGCCACUCAAGGAGUCACAGCUCUCGGUGCUCUCGGCUAAUCUGAAUGCCGAGCAGAAGAACAGCAUCACCGAUGCACUUGAGUUCAUCAACAAGCCGCGUGUACCCGACGUCGAGAGUAGCGAUGACGACAGUGACUCGGACAGUCAAGCUGAUAGACACAGCAACAAGCAGCAGAGAUCCAAGGCCGGAUCAGCAAAGUCCAGAGCCACUGCUGUUGCUGUUGCUGCAUCUGCAGAGAAUGCACCAGCACCCCUGGGCGACACCCGGUUCCACGUCAUUCGUAGAGUCAUGCUGGGCAACACGUCCCGGUAUUUUGAGCCAGAAGCCCGGCCAGCGGGCAAGGAAAACAGCACACACAAGUGGACAAUCUACCUGCGCAACAAGCCCGGCGAGCAGCCGAUCGAGCAGUAUGUGAAGCGCGUGCGGGUGUUUCUGCACCCGUCGUACCGGCCAGACGACAUUGUUGAUCUGUCACAACCAAAGUUCGAGCUUACGCGGUGGGGCUGGGGCGAGUUUCCGGUGCGUGUCCAGAUCUUUUUUGUCGACAAGCGCAACAAGCCAGUCGACCUGAUCCACUUGCUCAAGCUGGACAACGACUGGUCUGGCAACACGGUGCUGGGCGCCGAGAAGCCUAUUGAUUUCGAGAUCGAUCGACGCGGACUAGCUACUGGCGAUUCGGCAGUGCUCAGCAAUGAGCCAGAACCACUGCCGCCACCACCAUCGAACCCGUUGCUACAGCAGCUGUUUGCUGAACUGUGUCGGGUGUUCCCACUGGUGCUGGCCGAUGCACUGCCACAUGAUGCAAAACAGCCCGAGGUUCCAGAGCAGAUCCUCGAGCUGGUGUCACCUAAGAUUAUCGAAAGGUGGACGUGGGGAGUUGCCGUCACGAGCGAGAUCUGGAGAGAGUCGUGGCCGUUAGGCAGGCGUCUAGCUGCCGAAGCCCAUCGGAACCGCGCCCUGAUGGCUACACUGAGGUCGGCAGGGAUUGCUGAGGUCCUGGGCGCUAGUGGAGGCUCUGUAAAUACACCGGCUGAGUCCUCUGCCUCUGUCGCUGCCACCGGCUUAUCUGAGCGGGUCGUAAGGUCGUUCCAAGCGAUUCUAACUGCGGCCGGAGUCGAUUCCAAAGCUACCGAGGAUGUUCUUAAAUCAGUUCGAGCGGCAGCCACCAAGCAGCACCAGCAGAGCGCCGAUAUGCUGAGCCUGUGGCUGAAGAGUAAUAUUACAAAGCCGCUUCGGGCUGACAAGGAGCGUGGACCACACAAGGCAGAGUAUGCGUGGUCGCUGAAACGGUGGUUGCGCAGCAAUGGGUUUGUCCCGAUGCCAGCACUGAGCAGUACCGAGGAGAAGGUGUAUCUGGCGGACUCUGCCUACGCGUACAUGGCGACUGCUGGUGCAAAAGAGGCCGAGCGGCUUGAGCAGCUGGCUAAACACAGAAACCAUGGGGGCGAUAUACAGUCCCGACCAGCGACGGUCCCUAGGUACCGGUUCUUCUGCCAUGGAUGCGGGGCACUGGAGUCGCGCGACGACCCACGGUUCAUUGUGCGCAACGGCGAGCUGGUCAUGGAUGCUGGUAGCACUCUGCCGCCAAUCUCAUACUGCAGCGACCAAUGCGAGAAUCUUGCAGCAACCUCUGUCUCGACGAUAUCGGCGGCGGCAAAUGCACUGGCGAAGCUGCCACAAGGGUGGGAUGCGACUGAGGAGGAGGAUGAAGACGCAAUGCUGAUGAUCGACGACGAUGCUGCCGCGUAUUCCAACGCUGCCACACCGCUGCCGUCGCGUCCGUCGUCGCCGCACGGCCAUGCUGGCUUUGUGGAUGAGAACAUUGCAAAGAUUGCUGGGCUAUUGCGCCAGUUUAACUCGGACAACCAGAGCGAGCGACAGAGCGAGGACCAGGCAGCCAAGCCAGAGCACAAGGACGAGGACCAGAAGGCCACUGCCCCAUCCUAUGACAACGAUGACGGCAAUGAAGACACCGAUGACGAGCGCGACAUGGAUACCGCUGAUGCUAAUGCAGUCAACGAUAUGGAGAUCGACUGGAUCUGGUCGACUCUGCGGCCCCUGAAAUUGCGAUGUGCGCCUGCAUCGCGAUUUCUGGAGGCAGAUCUGGCCAAGCCACGGGCAGGUGGAAAAGCGGGCUCUGAGAGCGCAGCUGCCUCGGGCUCAUGGGUGCAGCUGCCAAACUCGAGCGACGAGGCGUUUGGCGAGGCGCUGGACCAGCGUCUGGUGGUGGGCCGCCUGCUGCUUGAUGUCGCAAAGCUGUUCAUGCGGGACUUGAUUGGUGCGUCGGACCGAGCGAUGCGCCAGAACCGAGCGGCUGUGGUUGGGCAGCAGCAGAGCAAGUCUUCGGAAACCCCACCCGAGGAUGGCGGUGGCGAUAGCCGGCUGUUGAUGAUGAAUCCGCUUCAUGUGCUGUCGGCUGUCAAGCGAGACCCCAAGUCGUUUGACGUGUGCUCCAACGCGUACUUGGCCGAUGAACUGGAGCCCUAG